AUGGCGAACGCACGAAUAGGAACAGAGAGCGGAAUCCGUGUGCUGCGGGAUCCAGGACUAUCCAGUCCAAUUCGCAUCGAUAUUGUGCUUAUCCCCGGUAUCGAUACCAUAAGACCAGAAAACUGGCCAUUUUUAGACAAUAAAUGGCUGUCCACUCUGACCGAGUCCGUCGCAGAGGCCCGCGUUCUAGCAUACGAAUAUGCCUCCCCGAUAUCAUCGACAAAACCAUCUUGGGAAUCGAUUCUCAUGUUGGGCCUAGGCGGCGUUGUAGUUAAGCAGGCAAUAUGUAUUGCAAACAAGCAGUUUCCGAGAUACGAGUCGUUCGUGAACGCAAUUGUUGGCCUGAUCUUCCUGAGCACUCCACAUCGGUGUAAGGAUCAAGCCGCUACGUUCGCUCGUUUUCGCGACAUACUGGAAGCAACAGCCGGAAAAGCGAUCAAAUUCGACCCUGCAUGUAAUGAGCAGGAGGGAGCAAGUCUUGUCAAUCUAUCCUACAGGUUCGAGGCAGUGGCACUAAGAAUGCCGAUGCUUUCCGCCUACGAAUUGAGAGAUUCAAAACUGCACUCCUCGGCUCUGCGCCCAAAAUACCAGCAGCUCGUCACACGUAGCACAGGCUCCAUAAACACGCCGUUGGAAAGCGUGAUUGGUCUUAAUCUCAACCACCAUGACACAUGUUUGUUUACCAAGAGUCUUGACAGUGAAGGACUAUCGCAGCUGCGCCAGUUUGUUUGCGAGACACUAGCAGAGGCGCCAAAGCUAGUCGAUAUGCGUCUAGAAGACCAGGAAUAUCAGUACGCAACAAUGAGCUCAUAUUCACCAACCAUGAGUGAGCUGCCAUUAAAUCGAGCUGGCGUUUUUGAGACCAACGAGCGGCUCUCUACUGAGGCUACCGAAUGGCCGUCGAAUCGUGGAACAGAGGGGACCUCGCUGUCCGGGUUCGAAAUGGUCCAGACCCCAGCCACGCGACCGGACACAAGCAAAGCUAUUAACUUGCCAUGUACUCUUAUGAACACCCACAAGUCAAACGAUGACUUUUACGGCCGGGAAGACAUUCUGCAGCGACUCGCUGGUGAGCUCUUGCCUUCGACAAAAACAACCACGGCGUCUGGCGCCGCGUUGCGACAGUUCGCCAUUUGUGGAUUUGGUGGUAUCGGGAAGACUGAAAUCGCGCGAGAAUUCUAUCGACGUCACGCCUGUGAGUUUGACGCCGCAUUCUGGAUCGUAGCUGAUGAAGUCGCAAAACUUGACAGCCAGUACCAAGAAAUAUCCUUGGCGCUGGGUUUGGAAGACGCCGUCGAGUGCAGUAGUCAAGUUGUCAGCCGCGAACUUGUGAAAGGGUGGCUUUCGAAUCCCCGAAAGCAAAUUGGAACCUCGGACGACUCUCAGAGACUCGAUGCAGAAAAGCCUAAUGCGACUUGGCUGCUGAUUUUUGAUAAUGCCGAUGAUCCUAUCAUUUUGGCCGACUACUGGCCACAAGGGAGCGGAUCGAUCCUCAUUACGAGUCGAGAUCCGCUUGCGAAGAAGAUCUUUACUCGACAAGAGUCAGGUAUCAAUCUCAAGCCUCUUUCGAGCGAAGAAGGCUUAUCUCUGCUCAAUCGUCUCACUGCGGCCACAGAUGAGAGCGAAGCCGAGACCGCGAAGCGUAUUUCCGACGCGCUCGGCGGUAUUCCAUUGGCAAUUUCGCAAAUGGCGGGCAUCAUUCGUCGCCAAGAUCUUACAAUAAACGAGUUUUGGGAGCUUUACACGGAUUCUGACGAGCAUGCUGGCCUGUACGAGACGAAAUUUGACACAAAUCUCGUCACGUACCAGCACUCUAUUGCGACAGUUUGGGCUUUCCAUAAGCUCAAAGUACAAUCUAGGCAGCUUUUAGAGCUGAUUGCGUUUUUUGACCCGGACAACAUUGACGAAGAGCUGUUGAAAAGUGCCUCCUCUGAGCUGCUUUCUGCAGACGUGCCUUUCAAGAAAAGCAACUACCUAGAGGCUCGAUCCGACCUUCUCCAGUCGUCUCUGAUCCAGAGGGACAAGCAACACCAGCAGAUCUCUGUUCAUCGUGUUGUACAAGAUGCAAUACUUACUAGCAUAUCUCUGGAGACAAGAUUUAGGAUAUUCGAGGGUAUUCUGCGCGUUUUAUGGAUGCGAUGGCCCUCGGCCCUGCCGAAACCGUCCAAGGAGCCCGAGCUUCCUCAGCCAAAAGCAUCGGGGCAGAGACUUAAUGUCGGAAGGUGGCCGGUCUGUUCGACUAUUUAUCCGCAUACACUACGUUUACACCAAAUCUGGACUUCUCUGCCCAGUUUGCCUGAUAUUGCGAAAAUAUUAUUCGCGAAAUUUCUGGUGGAAGCAGCCUGGUAUCAAAAAGAACGCGGGAAAACAAAAGGUUUCGACGGGUUCUUCGGCACAGCACUUGCAAUUUGCGAAACCUCAGUACACGCUGAUCGCGACGCCAUACUUGCUGAUUUGUACUUUUGUUUGGGCGCCAUUGCCAUGGAUGCAAGUGAUUUUGAUGCAAGCAGAAUAUACAAAGAAAAGUCCUUCAAUCUUGUAUUCUCAAUCUGCGAGGAUCUUGGUGUGGAAGAUGAGAGAUUAUAUCUGGCCUAUGCAGAAAGGGGCAUUUCGCGCACGCAAGAUCAGCGAUAUACCGAGGCUGAAGCUGACAUGAAGGAGGGCCUGAGGUUGAGAAAGUCGUUUGGAAAUUACAUCCCCCGAGCUGGCGAAGCCACGCUUGGUUGGAUUCUAUUGGAGCAAGGCAAAUAUGAGGAAUGCGAAGCGCUGCUGCAGCAGAGCCUGGCUUUGCGAGAAGCCGCGCUCGGAAAAGACGACCGGGAGUCAGCCCGAACAGGACUACUCUUAUACGUGGUCGGAAACCUGCGAUCAGAGCAGGGGAAGUGGGAAGAGAGCUUCGAAUACCAUCAGCGCACGUGGAAGCACAUGCGUGAAACGGUUGGAGAACGUGACUCGUACACAGCGCGCGCGGCGCACAAGGUCGCUGAGCAUCUGUUCCGCGAAGGACGCAUGGAAGAGGCAAUUGCGGUUGUGAACACUGCCCUCGCAGCGUGGUCGAUCGACCCGAGUGCUCAUAAAAAUGAAAUCGCACGCACUACCUUUUUGAAAGGCAAAAUUUUCCAAGCCAUGAAUACGUCUCAAAAAGCUGCCAUUGCGAUCCGUGUUGCGUGCCGACUAAGAAAGGAAAUCACAAAGGACGACAGAGACGCACAAUCCCUGUCAACAACCGAUUUUGACAGAAUUGUUGCCUUCUGGUCACGAUGA